AUGCCUUUUGGUUUAACAAAUACACCUAGUACUUUCAUGAGAUUGAUGAACCAUCCGUCUUUAGAUGAUCAUAUUGACCAUUUACGUAAUCUACUUGCUGUUUUGAGAAAAGAACAAUUGUAUGUCAACCUUACAAAGUGCACCUUUUGCACCAACAAAUUUGUGUUUCUUGGCUUUGUGGUUUCAUCUCAAGGUGUUGAGGUAGAUGAAGACAAGAUCAAAGCGGUACAUGAGUGGGCAACACCCCAAAAUGUGAGCCAAGUGAGAAACUUCCUAGGACUUGCAGGCUUUUACCACAGUUUCGUAAAGGAUUUCAGCACCAUUGUCGCUCCAAUUAAUGAAAUUGACAAUAAAAGAAGUACCAUUCAAAUGGGAGGCAUCACAAGAAAAGGUAUUGGCGGGGUGCUUGUGCGAGAAGGUAGGCUCAUUUCUUAUUUUAGUGAGAAGUUAAGUGGUCCAGCUCUCAAUUAUUCUGUUUAUGAUAAGGAAUUAUAUGCGCUUGCGAGGGCAUUGGAACUUGCCAACAUUACUUAUGGCCUAAAGAUUUUGUGA